GAAAUAGCUUGUGAUCUCGUCUAAUUUCAUUAAAUUAAAGCAUUUGAAGGUGGAAGAGCAAGUUUAAUGGGGGAUUCUAAUAAAGUUUCAAACCUGAACUCUAUUGAUCUCUCCUCCCCUGAUAUCCCUACCUCUGUAUCUUUACUCAAACAGGCGUGCAUGGAAUGUGGUUUCUUCUAUGUAACUAAUCACGGGAUGAGUCAGGAAUUCAUGGAUCAAGUUUUCAGUGAAAGCAAGAAGUUCUUUGAUCUUCCAUUGGAACAAAAACUGAAGCUUCUUAGAAACGAGAAAAAUCGAGGUUACACACCUGUUCUGGAUGAACUUCUUGAUCCCGUCAAUCAACUCCAUGGUGAUCACAAGGAGGGAUUCUAUAUCGGUAUUGAAUUGCCUCAAGAUGACCCUGAUGCUCAAAGAACAUUUUACGGCCCCAAUUUGUGGCCUCCCUCAGAUAUCUUGCCUGGAUGGAGGCUAACCAUGGAAAAGUAUCAUCAACAAGCUCUGGAAGUGGUUAGAAAAAUCGCAAGGCUCAUAGCCCUUGCGCUUGAUCUAGAUCCCGACUUCUUCGAACGACCAGAAAUGCUUGGGAAGCCUAUUGCAAUCCUACGGUUGCUGCACUAUGGAGAUAUAGUUUAUGAUGCAGGUCAAGUGUCUGAUCCUGCCAAGGGAUUAUUUGGAGCUGGUGCACACUCUGAUUAUGGUCUGAUCACUCUUUUGGCAACAGAUGGUGUCCCUGGACUUCAAAUAUGCAAGGACAAGGAUGCGAGGCCUCAGGUGUGGGAAUACGUUGAACCAGUAAAAGGGGCCUUCGUUGUAAAUCUUGGAGAUAUGCUGGAGCGAUGGAGCAACGGUAUUUUCAGGUCGACCUUGCAUCGAGUGUUGGGCAAUGGUCAAGAGCGAUAUUCGAUUCCAUAUUUUGUGGAGCCAAGUCAUGAUUGUGUGGUUGAAUGCUUACCUACAUGCCAAUCAAAAGAGAACCCUCCCAAGUUUCCUCCAGUCAAAUGUGAAAGCUACCUUCUUGGACGCUAUCGGGACACCCAUGCUGAUCUUAAUACUUACAACAAACACUGAAUUUGAAUGCUUGCCAUUGAGCUUGUUUUGUAUCACAUAAUGCAAGUUUUGGCAAGUUAUUAUAAUUGCAUACAAAAUAAUGUCGAUAUUUAGAGGAUUAUCGAUAUGCAUGUUCGUUAACUUUUCUAGGUCGGGUUUUAGACCAAAGCAAAGUUACAACCUUCACAGGAAGACAAAUGUUGCUUUUAUAGUUGUUGUAUUGCAGUCAACAGGCCAAUGAAAUAUAAGGUUAAAUGACCUUCUGACAGGUUUUAUUU